CAUCAGUGUACAGGAAGGGGGAGCAGCGUGGACUCUCCGUCAGUCUCCAACAUGGACAACACCACGGAGGGAAAGUGGGACAGUUUGCCCCUCAAACUCAACCAUCACAUCUUGCAGACGCUCGAUGAGCUGAAGUUCACACACAUGACACCUGUACAGAGUGCCUGCAUCCCGCUGUUCAUGAGCAACAAAGAUGUGGCUGCUGAGGCGGUGACUGGCAGCGGCAAGACUCUCGCCUUUGUCAUUCCGAUAAUAGAAAUCCUCCUGAAGCGAGAAGAAAAGCUGAAGAAAAUGCAGGUGGGUGCCCUGGUGAUCACUCCCACCAGAGAGCUGGCCCUUCAGAUCAGUGAGGUGAUGGAUCACUUCAUUCACAAGUUUCCACAGUUCAGUCAGAUUUUACUGAUUGGUGGAAGUAACCCAAUAGAGGACGUGGAGAAGUUUAAGGAACAAGGGGCAAACAUUGUGAUUGCGACGCCGGGCCGCCUGGAGGACAUGUUCAGGAGGAAGGCGGACGGCCUGGAUUUGGCCAGCUCCGUCAAAAGUCUUGAUGUGCUGGUUCUUGAUGAGGCAGAUCGAUUACUAGACAUGGGUUUUGAGGCCAGUCUGAACACCAUCCUGGGCUACCUGCCUAAGCAGAGGCGCACUGGCCUGUUCUCGGCCACCCAGACGCAGGAGCUGGAGAAGCUGGUGAGGGCCGGCCUCAGGAACCCCGUGCGCAUCACCGUCAAAGAGAAGGGCGUGGCUGCCAGCUCCACCCAGAAAACCCCCUCCCGGCUGAGCAACUACUACACCAUUUGUAGAGCAGAGGACAAGUUCAACAACCUCGUGGCGUUUCUCCGACAACACAAGCACGAGAAACAUCUGGUGUUUUUUAGCACAUGUGCCUGUGUGGAGUAUUACGGCCGUGCUCUGGAGACCCUCGUCAAGAACGUCACCAUCCACUGCAUCCAUGGCAAGAUGAAAAACAAGCGCAAUAAGAUCUUUGCUGAUUUCCGGGCUCUGAAAAGAGGGAUCCUGGUGUGCACAGAUGUGAUGGCCAGGGGCAUCGACAUCCCUGACGUCAACUGGGUGCUGCAGUAUGACCCUCCCAGCAGUGCAAGUGCCUUUGUACAUCGGUGUGGGCGGACGGCACGGAUAGGCAAUCAAGGCAAUGCCCUGGUCUUCCUGCUGCCGAUGGAGGAAUCCUACGUCAACUUCUUGUCCAUCAACCAGAAAUGCCCGCUCCAGAAGAUGUCCCCUGUAAGUGAUGUUGUGGAUGUCCUGCCCAAAGUGAAGGCCAUGGCUCUGGCAGACCGUGCAGCGUUUGACAGGGGCAUGAGGGCUUUCGUCUCCUUCGUCCAGGCCUAUGCCAAACACGAAUGUAGCCUUAUUUUCAGGCUCAAAGAUCUGGAUUUUGCCGCUCUGGCCCGUGGCUUUGCACUCCUUCGCAUGCCCAAGAUGCCUGAACUGAGGGGCAAAACAUUUCCCGACUUUACUGAGACAACCGUAGACACGGACACCAUCCGCUACAAGGACAAGAACAGAGAAAAACAGAGGCAAAAGAUGCUGGCCGAGCAGAAAGCGAAAGCCACAACUGAUCCACCCAGGAAGAAAUUUAUAAAGAAUAAAGCCUGGUCGAAACAGAAGAGCAAGAAGGAACGCAAGAAAAAGAAUGCUGCCAAGAGGAAACGUGCCGAGGGCUCUGAUGUGGAUGAGGAAGACAUGACGGAGCUCCUAAACGAUACUCGUCUCCUUAAGAAACUAAAGAAAGGACAAAUCACAGAGGAGGACUUUGAAAAACAGAUAACGGCCGUACCGAAGACAAAAGGCAAAACAGAAGGGUCAUCACAAGCGUGCAACAGCUCAGGUGACGAAGCUGUAUGAUACAACAGCUUUAUUCUGUUUUGUAUGCUUGGGGACAGUGACACACCCUCCUGCCUGGUUAAACCGAACACACACCUGGGAAAGUAUCUCUUCAAAUGCAUCACUGUAACACACAGAGUCAAUAAACCGUAUUGUAAUACAGUUUUCUACAGAGUAAAGUGAUACCUUGAACAUUUGUUGGAAGUAUUCAACAUGCAGUCAUGGGCUCGCUUCCCUUUUUAAGUGAUGUUUUUUUUUUUAUUUGAGGAUUGUGGGAUGCAGUUAUAAAUAAAGUUUGAUGAGUUCAUCGCUGACGGCAGACGGGGUGAGGACUCCGAGGUCGGUGAAGAGGAGGGUGAUGAGGGAGGGAGGCGUGUAAUCAAUCAUAGGAUGCUCGUCUGACAGGUUCUGUACGGUCUUCAGGGUGUCUGCCUUGUACUGAGAGGGAGAGGAUUUUCUCAUUAUUACUUUAUCACAAUGUUUCUUUCAUCUUCCAUACAACUGUGCAUUUCAGAGCAGUUGCAUACUUGUAUAUCUUUUUGUACAAGUUAAAAAUCAUAAUUUUUUUUUUUAAAUGGAGAAGAAUUACAGAAGUUUUGGGCUGAAUACUCCAACAGAAAAGAAACCGCUCUGCUUCUGUACAGGCCAUGGUGACUAUAUGGAAGCAUGAUGCAUCCACUUAAAACAAAUCUGCACUGUUUAUCUGAAUUAAUGAGAUUGCUGAUAAUGAAAAACAGCACAACUCCACCCCUCAUGAAAUCUUCUCAUAAUUCUCAGAUGAUUAUCUCUGUAAUUCAGAAAAAACAUGUUUUUUUUCCUCAAGUGAAUGCAUUCCCCUUCCAUGUUACUACAAGUGACGUCGUACCUUAAAUUUAUCUGGCACAUCCUGUUGGUUGAGCGGAUAGAGUCGGACAAACUUGAAACUCUCUGCCACGACGUAGAAGGGCUUGUUGUGAGCCUUAGAGCACAAUGCCAUCUGAUAAGUACCGAUCUGUGUGAGAAAAGAGAGACAAACAGUGAGGCUGAGGCUAGGGCUGGUCAAUUAUAUCAAUAUUAUAUCUAUCGUGAUAUGAUAUUAGAUAUCUUCUGGGAUUUUGGAUAUUAUAAUGUCAUGAUCUAACUUGUCUUUUCCUGGUUUUAAAGGCAGCACGAAAGUAAAGCUGACAUUUUCUGAACUUA